GUUGUCUACGGCGCACUGCCCAGUACUAUGGCGGCGCAGCGACCUCUGCGAGUGUUGUGCUUGGCGGGUUUCCGGCAGAGCGAGCGGGGCUUCCGCGAGAAGACUGGAGCGCUAAGGAAGGCGCUGCGGGGCCGCGCCGAGCUCGUGUGCCUCAGCGGCCCGCACCCGGUCAGGGACGCAGCAGGCGCCGGGCCGGAGUCCGGGCCCUGCCCUCCGGAGGAGCAGCCUCGAGGCUGGUGGUUUUCAGAACAGGAGACAGACGAUUUCUUCGCACUAAAGGAGCCCACGGUGUGCAGAGGUCUGGAGGAAGCCCUGGGAACGGUGGCACAGGCACUGAACAAGCUGGGACCUUUCGAUGGGCUCCUUGGUUUCAGCCAGGGGGCUGCGCUAGCAGCUCUUGUGUGUGCCCUUGGCCAAGCAGGCGAUCCCUGCUUCCCCUUGCCAAGGUUUAUCAUCCUGGUAUCCGGUUUCUGUCCUCGGGGCCUUGGCCUCCAGGAAUCCAUCCUGCAGGGCCCCUUUUCACUGCCUUCACUCCAUGUUUUCGGAGACACUGACCGUGUCAUCCCCUCUCAGGAGAGUAUGCAACUGGCUAGCCGAUUCACUGGAUCCACCACUCUCACCCACUCUGGUGGCCACUUCAUUCCAGCAGCUGCAUCUCAGCGCCAGGCCUACCUCAAGUUCUUGGACCAGUUUGCAGAGUGAAAGAUCAACAAAUGCUUGGGACGCUAUACCCCCCUCCCCACCCUAGUGGGGACACAAUUGGGGGUAGCCUCUAUGAUCCCUGCCCUCCCUUUUUCUGUACUCUGGAACUUCCACUGUUAGUGCUUUUCACAGUCUCCAAUUAAGACACAAAUAUCAGUGCUUAAAACCUCACUAUAUAAACCCAGCUCUGCACUCAAGAAAAUGGGAGCAGGGGACCUUAAUGGACUUUCACCUUGGCAAUCUUGUACUCAAACACGGAAAAGGCCAGUGGAGCCCUGAAUGAGUGGAGGGUGACAUGGAAAAAGCAGGGGCUAGCACCACUGGGAAUGCCACACAAUAAAGUGGUGAUUUAGAUUUUGAGCAUCUUUUUCCUGAUCUGGAGGGCGGGUGGGAGUUUCGCCAUCUACACAGUUCCAGGGCAGCACCAAGCAGGGAGGUGUUUCCAUUUAGGAGCCCCCAGGAGAAGCUCACGUAUGUGUGCACAUACACUCACCCAUUUUUGGUGGAGGUCUUAAGUACCACCCUGAAGGAAAGGAGGUCUUGGUAACUGAAUCAGGUAAGAAUUUAUAUCAGAAGUUCUAGGAAGAGAUUACCUGAUAAGGCUCCACCUGGGCCACACUGAGUUGAGGCUUCUUCCGUCAUGAUCCCUGACAGCUGUGUGCUGGCCUUUCGUCAAACUCUGGCUUCUUGUGUCCUCUGCUUUCUCCGUAACUGCCUUAGCUCCUCUGAACUACGAGCUAUAAGGGUUGGAUGGUGAUAAACCUUGGGUGGAGGCCAACGACAACAUAGAAGAAACGUUUUUCCAAGCUUUCCCACAUUUGCAGUUUCUGAGAUGGAGGCUACAAUGUAGUGACCUCAGCCAAAGUCUAAGCAGCCCCGUCUGGUUUGCAGUUGUUUCUGGGCACUCUGAAGCCUACCCACUUCAGCCAUUUGCCCUACUUCCAGCAGCCACCUCUGCCCCUCCCUGCUCUCUGAUUCCAGCCCUAUUUCUACAGGCUCACCAACUUGUUCCUUUUCUAGAACAUCACAACAGACCCUAUCUAUGCCUCAAGCAUGACUGUCCCCAGGAGUUUAAAUGGUGGAGCAGAAAUAGGUUUGGGAGAUGUAGCACAAAUACCCCAGCCCACCUUGAGAAAACCAAACUGACAGUCCCUAAGUUACCCCAAAUUCUGAGUUCCUCACUAUAGAUAGCAGCUGUCCAAGGUAAUUCUUUAAAAUUCAUUUUUCUUUAGUAUUUUCUCAAAAGCUGGAGUUACGUGCCUAGACAGACGCAGUUUACUGGGUUUAGGACCCUUACAGCAGCAAGUGAAGGAAUAAAGUUCUUUGCUACAGUCUGCCUCUGUCUUGCUCUUUGCAUUUUUAUUUUUGAUUGUAUUUAUUUACUUAUUUU